AUGCUUUCCUCUAUGCUUCGUGGUAGCUCAGUGGCUCUAAGAACUGUUUCCGCCAGAUCUUUGGCACGUCCAGUAGGCGUGUCUGCUAUGAUGUCUCCAAUCCGCCUCUACUCGUCUAGUCUAAACAAAGACGAAAUUAGCACCAGAAUCAUCGACGUUGUGAAGGCAUUUGACAAAACCACCGCUAGUGCACAGGUGACCAACGAAACUCACUUUGCUAAAGAUUUGGGGCUUGAUUCCCUUGACACAGUGGAGUUGUUGGUGGCCAUCGAAGAAGAGUUCGACAUCGAAAUUCCCGACAAAGUCGCUGAUGAGAUCAAGAGUGUUGGUGAAGCCGUCAAGUACAUCGAAACCAACCCCGAGGCCAAUUAG